AUGUUUAAGUGGCUCACCAAGUACUUCUGCAUACCGGCCUGGACGGCCCAGGCCGAGCGAGACACCCGCGACGUACAGUACGGUCUUGGGACCAACGCUCUCCAUCUUGACUUGUGGCCCGACCCCGACUUCUCCCCCAUGUGGGAACACCACCCUUCUCCCAAACCCGCCCCUCCCAGGCCCAAGCCCAAGCCCCAGCCCAAGUCUACCGCCAUAUCAUGCCCCAACCCCCGCCAUACAGUCCGCUUCCCUUCCCAGUCCGACUCCGGCUCGCCACCCAAGUCGCAGACCAAGACCAAGACCACCGCCUCGGCCUCGGCCUCGGCCGUCGAGCCCAAGUCCGCCACCUCCGCCCUCAAGCCCAAGUCCGCCACAUCAGCCCUCAAGUCCAACGUCAAACCCACGGUCCGCUUCCCUUCUUCCCAUUUCAAACCCCAGCAGUCCACCAAGCCCAACCCCUCAGCUAUUUACCGGCCCAAAAACCGCGCGAUCAAGUGCGAGUUCCAGACCAAACUCGAUUCCCAGCCCAGGCCACGGCUCCCCACGCUACCGGCGCCGACUGAGGUCGAGAUCGAGGCCGUACUCGCGCUUGAGGCUUAUCAGAAGGAUCUCGAGACCAAACGGAAAGAUUCCAAGGACACGCUUAAACGGAUUGCGACCAGGUACGAGCGCCAAAAGCGCCGGCGGAAGCGCGAAACCAAGCUCCUCAAGUACCGGCUCGAGAUCGACGCCAAGCUCCUCAAGCGCCAACGCGAAAGCUUGCAAGACUUCCGUCAGGCGUUUGCCGUCAAGUGGCCCAAGGACACUAGCCACGCCGCCGUUGACGACCGUCGGAAGCGUGGCGCGAAGAAGCGCGCAGACAAGGCCAAUGCCCGUUCUGUUGGCCAGAGCUCUAUCAAAGGGCCUGAGACCGACGUGAGCGGUUCCAGUGGGGCCGCUGACUCGGGGGUCAGCUCGUCGACGGUUCCCUGGUCGAGGCGCUACAACGGCCUCAAGCGCGACCAGAAAGUGGACAACUCCAAGGUCGAUGUAGAGGCCAAGGAGAGUCCGGACGAGCCGCCUAAUGUCUAUGUAGCAGCCAGGGAGAAGCCAGAUGAGCCGCCGCUCCUACUCGAGGAAGCAUCUGUGUUUCGGGGUCAUGGAUUGUAG